CCCGGCGCAUCCUCGGUGUGGGUACUGUACACGUAGCACAUAUCACACGUGUGUCUCGAAGCUGCUCCUUCUGACAUCGACGUCCGUAUAUAUAUAGUGCUGUUCUUCGUUGUUCAUAUUGUUACGUACAUUUCGUUGUUCGCAAAAUAACAUGAAGACGGUUUUCGUGCUAUCGUUGCUCGUGGUGGGCUGCUUGUGCGCGCCUCAGCAAAACCCGAAUCCUUACGCGGGCAUCACCAUCACCAAGCAAGAGGAGAACAACAACAUCGGAGUGGAAGGCUAUCACUACAGUUACGAGCAAAGCGAUGGGCACAAAAAGGAGGAAACCGCGGUGAUCGUCAAUCAGGGCACCGAGGACGAGGCUCUCGAGGUCACAGGCAGUUUUCAGUACCAAACGCCCGACGGCAAGACUUACAGGGUUGACUACAAGGCCGACAAGGACGGCUUCCAUCCCACGAUCACGCUCCUCUAAAUUUCAUCUUCUUACCGCUCGACCCUCCUCUUUUUCACUCGCUCAAUAUUAAUUAUACUCACCAUCACGUCGUGCUCGCUUAUUGUUUUUUUUUUUCCCCUCUGUCGCUAUAAUUUUUCCGGCUCUCCAGUGUUUUUCAGCCUUUUUUUCUCGUAUUGGAUACGCGUUACAAUAUGUUUUUCUUUUUUUUACAUCGUAAAUUUUACCAGAUCGUCAUUCAUCUCGAAAUCGAUCUUGAGAAUAAUUCAUUGCACGAAAAUCAUUCUUGUCUUAUUAAUUUUUUUGAUAAUUGAAAAAUUUAUCGAAAUGGGCCAGCUAAAGUAGAGUGACUUGACGGAUGAUUUUCUUCUUUCCUGUAUAGUACAAAAAUUAAUAACUCUAUAUCACAUUAUUGUCAAUGAGAACUUGCAAUGUUUGUCGCGAGAAAAUUAGCCCCAUAAAAUUUAAUUGUUGAUUUCGAAAAAUUAUUCGUGUUUACUUGAAAACUCAGAGAAAUCGUUGUCAUUGAGCGGAUAUCAAUGCUAUUUUUGUACGAAAAAAAAAAAUGUAAAUAGAUUUAAAAAAAAAAAUUAGCUGUCGUUUUCUAACGAUACACUAUACACUGAUAUACAUAUGAACAAACAUAUUUUAAUCAUUUAUGUAUUGAUUGUUGGAUAUAUACCUACGUAAUUUUGAGUUACUUUUACGGUAGCAAGAAAUAAACAUGUGUUUAUAUUUUUAAUUGCAACUCAAAAUGACGUCAAAAUAAACGUAUUGUAUUGAGUAAAUAAAAGCUUUAUGAUUUA